CGAUGUCCGCCGAUCUCUUCUCCAUCGCCAAUCGCGUCAUGCUCGUCACUGGAGCCAGCUCCGGCAUCGGCUCCUACGUCGCACAGGGCCUCGCCCGAGCUGGGGCAGCCCGCGUGUACAUCACCGGUCGCCGCGCUGCUCAGCUCGACUCCGUGGCGCAGGCAGUCCCGGGCGUGCUCGUCCCGCUCGUCGGCGACGUGUCCACCAUCGACGGCUGCAAGGCGCUCGCUGAUGCGUUCGUGUCGGCUGAACGCCGGUUGGGCGUGCAAGACGUGAAGCUCGACUUGUUGUUUAAUAACGCGGGCAUGGCAGUGGCCGAGGGAUUCUGGGGGUCCAGCGCGUCAGGAGAGCAGAUCCGGGAUGCGCUUCUGCAGGUGGAUGACAAGGAUUGGGCAACAGUUUUCGCGGUGAAUGUCGGAUCGCUCCAGUGGUUGUCUGCAGCACUCCUUCCCUACCUCAUUGCUGCCUCCGGUAACAACGGCAAGGCGGAAGGACGAGGAUGCAUCAUCAACAACACCUCCGUCUCUGCCUUCUUCGUCUCCCCGCAGGUUCAAGGCCACUUGUACGCCGCCAGCAAGGCUGCCGCUGAGAGCAUGUCGCUCAACCUCGCGAGCAAGUUCACGCGUCUCGGUGUACGCGUGAAUAGCAUCGCCCCAGCGAACGUCCCGUCCGAGUUAAACAGCCCCGAUAACCCGCGUAGUUUCAUCUCGCUGAUGAAGGACCACAUCCCGAUUGGAAGGAUUGGAAACCAAGAUGAUGUGGUGGCCGCCGUGAUGUAUCUUGCGUCGCGAGCAGGGAGCUACAUCUCCGGGAAUGUGAUCAAGGUUGACGUACACUUGCUUCCAUUUCGUUUUCACUUGCUGACGGGCUGAAUUGUAAAUAGCUGGACGGCGGCUCCUUGAUCGGAGUUGAGGCGCAUCCCUGAUCGAAUACAUUAGCUAUGUAAUGCACAUGAAGCGCUAUAAUAAAAGCAGCGCCGUUGUACAAAGAGAAAGAGGUAGUCGAGUCCAUACAAAGUGCGCCUGCACUCAUACAUGCACCAGGUCGCGGAUGUCUGAGCUAUGCCGCUGAUGCCGCAUCAAAAGGUCAGCUCACAGAGUCGUAACAAUACCGUCAAGUUGAAAGCACAGUCCCGGAGUCCCUGGGACUUACAUUCACAUGAUGAUACAUUCAUCCUUCUUUUCCAAGCCUCUAGUCAUCUCGUUGGCGCUCAUCACACGACCACUUCCGGAGGCCUGGCCGUCGAGGUUGACGAUAAGCACUCCCGAAUUGUGUUCGUCAAGCUCAGCAACAAGUCCAUGUUUCUGGAUGAGUUCCUCGAUGGCAGGCUUGAGCUUUGCUACGUGGUUCGUGGAGUGCAACCCUUUGCCUACAGAGUGCAGACAAGUGACUACAUGCGGGAAUGCGCGAUGGGAAGACAGAUCACGCUGCACGCACCAACGAUGAGGCGAAGCUGCCUGUCGCCGCGCGACCGGGCUUCCACAAUCGACUUGUCGGUGAAGCGGAUCGCCUCUUUGACGUAAAGCCCGUGGAGGUCCACUUCACCAGAGUUGCUAUCGGUGUUAUUCUCUUUGAAGAUCCACUCCGCCGCCUCCUCGUUCAACCGCUCCAUCUCCCCCUGCGCCGCCUUGCCCGCAUUCGACAGCUCCUUAGCCCUCGCCCCAUCCCCGCUUUCAUACGCCUGGUGCGCCGCCUCAAAGUUGCGCGCCAUCUCGUCCCCGGCCGCGUUCGCGCGGGCCCGCAGGUCCAUGUAAUGCGCAUUGUGUUGGUUGACCUGAUUAGGAUCCUACAAACCCCGCCGAUGCGCAUAAAGGAGUACGAGGACGACGUCAAGCAAGCGAUGCAUGUACGAGUGAGAUCAUAUGAACGCACGGGACGCCCAGAGUCGGGAGACCAUGGCCGCGGCGGUGGCGAGGACGGCUUGUGCGGUGGGGAACUUGGUGGCGGGCUUGCCUGCUGAGGGGUAGUCGCAGCGUAGUCUUGGGUGUAUCCGCCACCGUUAGACUCGUGGUCUUGGCCUUGUCCGUGCCCGUGGUGCUUCUUGUGCUUCUUGUGAUGUUCCGGCGCGGGCUGCCACUGUUCCUCUUCCUGUGGCGGCGCCUGGUGAGACACCUGCUCCGCGUAUGUUGGACGCUGGGGCUGGUAGUGGGGUUGUUGCUGGGGAGGUGCCGGCUGGGUAGGAGGGUAGAUAGGAGCCGGCUGCUGG